AUGAAGCUUUUUAUUUCCCUCGAGUUAUUAUGCCAAAUGGCUUUUGCUUUGGCUACUACAGGAUCUCACAACAAUGAAUUUGCUAUCCACGAAAAGCGAGUACCACAUGCAGAGUUGUGGACCAGAUCAUCGACAUUAGACCUCGAUCUAAUCCUCCCAUUGAAAAUAGCUUUGACCCAGAGCAACUUAGAUAAAGCCGAAGAUCUGCUCCUGAAUAUUUCACAUCCAGCUUCGUCAAAUUUCUCUCAGCACUGGACGCCAAAAGAUGUAGCACGGAUGUUUGCUCCAUCUCCAGAAGCGAUUUCUGACGUGGCAGCUUGGGUUAGAGAUUCCGGCAUUCCAGAAGCAAGGAUAUUUCGAUCCCAUUGCGGAGGUUGGCUUCAAAUAAACGCCACUGUCCAAGAGGCAGAGAAGCUGCUAAACGCAAGAUAUUACAUCUAUCAGAAUAUACGAACAGGAGAAUCUAGAGCAGCUUGUGACGAAUACAGCGUUUCCAAAUCCAUUCAGCGCCAUAUUGACUUUAUAAUGCCGACAAUACAAUUUGAACUUCAAGUUCAGCAACAGAGAAGGGCCACACGCUCUAUAGCCCCAUUGAAAGAUGACCAAUCUAAAUUUUCAAAAGCUGCAUCAUUUGCUGCGUCGUUGAAAUCGACAAUAACAACCUGUGCUCAACAGACAACGCCCGAGUGUGUCCGCGCCCUAUACAACAUCCCCGCCGGCGACACAUCUAACUCCAAUAAUUCACUUGGGUUGGUGGAGUUUGCCUGGGGAUCAUAUUUCCAAGAUGAUUUAAAUUCAUUUUUUCAAUUAUUCAUGCCCGAGGCGGUUGGAAAGGAACCGGUCUUUGAAUCUAUCGACGGAGGAUUCUUGCAAAACUUUUCAAAGCAAUUUGCUUUUAACGGAGAAGUGAGUCUUGAUUUAGAGUACAGCAUGGCGCUCGUUCAUCCUCAGAAUGUGACGCUAUAUUCAGUUGGCGAUCUUUGGAUGCAAGGGGAUAUGAACAACUUCCUCGCUGCUCUCGAUGCCUCCUAUUGUGGUGCUUUGGAUUCAACAUACGACCCUAUCUACCCAGAUCCAAUUAUUUCUCCAAUUCCCGGCUGGCCUGGAGGUUACAACAGCUCUGAUUGCGGAAACCAUAGUCCGACGAAAGUUAUCUCCGUGUCAUUUGCCUGGCGCGAAGCAGCAUAUUCUCCGGCAUACCUCCAGCGUCAAUGCUUUGAGUACCUAAAACUUGGAUUACAAGGCGUUUCCAUAAUUUUUUCCUCCGGGGACUACGGAGUUGCUGGGCAAGAUGGUGUUUGUCUCGACCCAAACAAUGGCAAUAUUACAAACGAAACGGUCGGAUUAUUCAAUCCUUCUUUCCCAUCCACCUGUCCAUGGGUGACGUCAGUCGGUGGUACGCAACUUCCAAUCAAUGGAACAGUGACAGACGAUGAGGUUGCUAUCUACCACCGUUUUCCAAAUACGACUCUUGCCCAAGUUGUAACUUCCGGUGGCGGAUUCAGCAAUGUUUUUCAAAGGCCUAGUUAUCAAUCCCACCACAUCGACCGGUAUUUCUCUCGACAAAAGUCUCAUCUUCAUAAUGUCAGUCAUCUCUUCAACUCGUCUGGCUUUGCUAGAGGCUACCCGGAUGUAUCGGCCAAUGCAGCAAAUUAUAUCAUAGCAGUCGACCAGCUUUUAUAUGGAGCAUAUGGAACUUCUUGCUCCACACCAGUUCUUGCUUCCAUUAUUACGAAAAUCAAUGAUAGGAGACUAAGUGCGGGAAAAAAAUCGGUCGGGUUCUUGAAUCCCGUAUUUUAUGAAAAUGAGUGGGCAUUUAACGAUGUGGUAGAAGGGUUUAAUUAUGGCUGUGAUGUUGAAGCAUUUCAUGCUGAUAUCGGGUGGGAUCCUGUGACUGGACUUGGGACGCCUAAUUUUGAGAAGUUGCUAAAACUAUAUAUGGCUUUGCCAUAGCUUCGAAACCCCAAUAUCAAUAGAGGAUGAUAACUAGGUAAUAGUUUCGAAAUACAGACUUAUUUCUGGCGG